UGGAAGAUAAGAACCACCACCGGGUCUGGGAGCUUCUUCCUUGGCGGGCGCGUGCGGAUGACGUUUCCGCUCGAGUUCGAACAUUCGUUACGGGUCGGCGGAAGCAGCGCGGACGUGGACAGCGACUCGAGUGUAUGGUUUUGACUGCGAGAUCUACUUAUAGCGAUAAGUUUGUUGAGGUGUGGGAGAUUGUAAAUUUGUUCUGCUGUCUGGCAAAAAUCUCUGGUUGUGACGUUACGAUUGAUGAUUGCUAUUGAAAGACAGAAGGAUUCAGUCAGAAACAAAAAUCAAUUGCAACUAAUUGCAAUUGAUAAUUCGAAACAAAUCGGUGGUGACCUGGAAUGGAAAAAAAGUGGAGCAUGUCACCAUUCGUGACGAAGGUAAACUUGACCGCCCCGCACCGUUUUAAUAACAACGAACGAAUGGGAUGCCGGCAGACAAAAAUUUUUCCCAGCAAAUGUUGAUUCAUGCCGCAGCGAUCCACUCAACGAAGAAGUUGUCGUCGUGUACCUUUCCUGGGAAAACUACACCGGGAGCAGCGUUGUCAUUUGCUUCGGCGCAAAUGAGGUCAUGGCACGAGAUUCUGACAUCAAACGGGCCUGAGAAACUAGAAUUAACAGCAGAGACGAAGGCAGGAUUACGGUAGCUCAGCCAAACUCUGCUGGAAUAUCAUUUUUUGCAUUUUUUGAGGCAUUUCAACCUUGCAUAUAUUGGAAAGAAGGCGAAGCAAAAGGGGAAAAUCUUCCAUCGAAGCAGCCAAUGAAUUGAGCAGCCUUGCAAGAUAAACACGACCGACCGUGUGCAUUGUGUUUUUGGUUGACAUUUAGCGAAACCGUCAGAAAAGCGGUGCAAAUUCCUGCACAUCCUUAUUUAACCUCAUUCAGUGUAGUGUAGAAGCACUGGUAAACGAAAAUUCAAGUAUUCUCUCGGUUUUUACGGUUUUUCGAUUUGUGCAAAGUACGUUGGGACGUGAAGUGAAGAGGUUUUGAAAGUGGUGUAUUUUCCGGAAUAAUGGACCGUGGAGUCGGUUAAAAACCGUGAAAAAUAAAAAAAGCUGCCAAAAAUCAUCGUUGAUAUGAUGGACGCACCGGUCAAUUUUAACGAGGCCGGCUACCUCGGGAGCUUCCUGUCCAACAGCCUCAAAACCAACCAGCUGGAGGUCAACACCGACUCGAAGACGCUCCGCCCAAUCGCUCGCCUCAAGGAACCGCGGGAACUUUUCGCACUGCCGAAGGAACGGGACUAUGACUGCCCCCAGCAAGCCCCCAGAUGGCCGAUCGAGUGUCAGGUCCUGGAGGAACGCAUCUACCACAUCAACUAUUCACCGGAAGCACCGGAACCGUACUACCAGCCAACGGGGAAGGAGCUUCAGCCCCGUCCCGUGGGGGAGGAAAACGGAGUAAUCGUGUUCAACUACAAUCCAACCAGUGCUGUUCACUAUGAUUGUUACCAUGACCGGUCUUUCGCCAGUCCUCUACUAGAUCUGCAUGAUGACUCGCUGUUUCAUUACUACGGAUAUAGCGAUAAAGAAGAUGACGAUGGGUCUAGUAGCACUAGCAGUAGUGAUAGCGAUGACGGUGGCAUUUUGAAAUAUGGUCCAAGCGAGUACGAUUCGCCUUUGACCGGCGAAGAAAUGAACAAAGAAGAGGAGAUCUUCACACGGGAACAAUUGAAACAGAUGACUCUGGAAGUCACUUGUGAAUCCAUCGUGAAGGAUACUGAGGACGAUGAGGAAGAUGACGUAGAUAGCUCCUCCAAUUCGGCAAGUCCAGUCCUAAAGAGUUGUCCAACGAUGCCGAUCGCCGCGACAGAGCCUGUUCGUGAUGGGCCUAUCCACCCAAUUCUUGGCAGCGGUAGUUCUCAAAAUUUCUACGCUAGCGAACCGGAGACCGACAACGAUUCGGAAGGCGAGCAGAGCAAGCACGAGAUCGAAACGGCACCAACACUUCUUCAUCUUUCACCCAAUAUCUACUCCACAACCACAAACAACACCAACAAUCUCAACCCCACCGACACAAUGUCUUCAACCGAUGGUUCACCAACUCGUACCGUUCCUGUUCCUGUUCCCCAGUUUAGUCGUUCGACGGUGGGGGGAUCGAAGCCGCAACCAACGGCCCAUCCGAACCCCUUCGAGGUGGACGAUUUGAUCUUCGAGUCGCGCUUCGAGAGCGGCAACCUCGGCCGGGCGAUCAAGAUCACGCCCACGUACUACGAGUUGUACCUGCGGCCCGACAUGUACACCAACCGGCACACGCAGUGGUUCUACUUCCGGGUGAAGAACACCAAGGCGAAGGUGAUCUACAGGUUCUCAAUCAUCAACCUUACGAAACCGGACAGCCUGUACAAGGAAGGGAUGCGGCCACUGAUGUACUCCACGCUGGACGCCGAGUACAAUCACGUUGGGUGGCAGCGCUGCGGCGACAAUAUCGCCUACUUCCGCAACGACAGCGAGAAUGGCUACAAUCACAGCAAUUACCACCACAGGCCGGCCGAUGACGACGACGAUGACUUCAUCGGCAACAGCUCGUUCACGCUGUCGUUCAACAUCGAGUUCAAGUACGACGAGGACACGGUCUACUUUGCCCACAGCUAUCCGUACACAUACUCCGACCUGCAAGACUAUCUGAUGUGCAUCCAGCGGAAUCCGGUCAAGUCCAAGUUCUGCAAGCUGCGGCUGCUGUGUCGAUCGCUGGCCGGGAACAAUGUGUACUAUCUGACCGUGACGGCGCCGUCAACGCAUGACGACGACAAUCAGAAGAAAAAGAAAGCGGUGAUCAUCACCGCACGUGUUCAUCCUGGCGAGAGCCCUUCGUCGUGGAUGAUGAAGGGCCUCAUGGACUUCAUCACUGGUGAUUCAUACGUGGCGAAGAAACUUCGCCACAAGUUUAUCUUUAAGCUAGUGCCUAUGCUCAAUCCGGACGGGGUGAUCGUGGGGAACACCCGCAGUUCGCUGACCGGGCGCGAUCUCAACCGACAGUACCGGACGGUGAUCCGGGAGACGUACCCCUCGAUCUGGAACACUAAGGCAAUGAUUAGAAGACUGAUGGAGGACUGCGGCGUUGCAAUGUACUGCGAUAUGCACGCCCACUCACGCAAGCAUAAUGUGUUCAUCUACGGGUGUGAGAAUCUGAAGCGCCAUCCGGACCGAAGACUGCUGGAGCAGGUCUUUCCGCUGAUGUUGCACAAGAAUGUCGCCGAUAAGUUCUCCUUCGAAAACUGCAAGUUCAAGGUACAGAAAAACAAGGAGGGCACCGGCCGGAUAGUGGUCUGGGUUCUGGGGGUAACCAACAGCUACACCUUGGAGGCAUCCUUCGGUGGAAGCACCAUGGGAGGUCGUUCGGGGACCCACUUCAGUGCGGCGGACUACGAGCACAUCGGCCGGGCCUACUGCGAGACGCUGAUGGAUUACUACGACGAUAACCCGAUCAAAGAAAAACUCCGGAUGAAGAUCUUGACCAGACUCUCGAAGGAGGGCUCCAGCGCGGAGGAACCGCUGAACAUUCCACUGUCGGACUAUUCAAGCGAUGAGGGUGACACCAGCACCAGCAGUUCCGAGGAUGAAGCCGGCAAAGACAGUAUAGCCGAACUGGAGGGACCCUGUUGCUCAACGUUAAGGGUACCUCCCUCAUCUCCGGUGCUUCCGCAAAAGUUCAAAGGGAAUAAGAAGGGUAAAAAACAAGCUCACACUCCAACGCGACCCUAUCGGCGGAAGAACCGCAACUCGCACCGAAUAGUGUUGGAUAUUCCCACGGCGGAGCCGAUCAGUGACUUCUUCGAGUACACCUCAGACGAGGAGUCCCCACUGGGACAUCACGCGGUUGCCGUUUCGGAUACGGAAAAUACCGUCAAGCGCAGCUACCGGCGCCGUCACAAGCCCCGCCAGUCCGAUCGGAUCCGCAAGCUAACCCAGCUGGGCUGCGAGACGCAGUAUCUGAUGCCACCGGAGCUGAUCAUACGGUCGGCCGCCAGCCGCUACCUGUCCGAGGAUGAGGACGACAAGACCAAGAUGGUGAUGAGCAUCAUCAAGGAGUUCCCGCCGGUGAUCAACAAGGAGCGGUUCUGGCGGGGCUUCAAUCGGGCCAGUGCGGAGAGAAGCCGCGAUCUGAUGAAACCGAUGAGCCCCGACAACUUCCAGCUACAUCUCGCUUUCAAGCGAUCCAUCUGGACCGGUACGCAUUCGGAUGGCUAUGUGAACGAAGCAUCGCUUAGCUCCCGACCCCUGUCGUGGGGCAUUCCGCCUGCCCUAGUCAAGACUAGCCAGUUUGAUAACGAAGCUUUACUAACUGCCUGCUCGCAGAAGCUUGCCGCCUGGAAGAAUGGCAAGCGGAGCCUCAAGGAAAAACACCACAAAAGUAUGUCCCGACUCGCGUCCGCCGUGUCGAGCAGCUCUACCCACUUCCGUGGGGAUAAAGAAAACCGCUCGGCCACAACGCGAGUCAAGCUUUCGCUCGGAGAGCAGUAUGCCAAGCAGAAGUUGUCCUCCGACAAAAAGCUUAGCGACAGUUCCGAGUGUAGCGGGAUCGCAAAAGUGCGAAGAAAAACCAGAUCAACCCUGAACAAAAUAGUCGAGAAAGCGGAAAUCAUAACUCACCUCUCGCGCAGCGCUCGCUCCGGUCAAUCACGUAGAAUAGCUGCAGUGGCGGCUGUCGGCUUUCUCGCCAAUGGGUCUCCCCGGAAGGCAACUAGCACGAGCAAUCUACUCGGCGUGUCCAACACUGGUUCCCAGCAACAACAGCAGGGCGCCCUACUGGUGUCCUCCAGUCAGUCACUCAAAGCACCCUCCGGCCACGCUGGUUCGAAGUUUAAAACCGGCGGAAUUGUCGUCACGGCCGCACAGCCACUACCGAGACAACGGAAGGCACACUUGCGCGCGGUUCGGAUACCGAAUGGGACCGGAAACGGAGGAAACGCGAACAGCGGCAGCUCGCCGACGAAACUGCCCACAACGACCACAAUCGAUAUACAGCUGACCACACUCUGCUCCGAGACGGAGUCUGAAAAGAAUUUGAAAAUCGUUAGCUCCAAGAAGCACAAGAAGAAACGGAUCGGCACCAAUAAGGACAAGUCCCUGAAGAUAGUGACUUGAGCAGAAAUUGAUUCCCAAUUGAAAGCAUCUUCAUGGACAGAGAGAAAUAAGGAAAAAAGAAAAUAAAACAGCCAGAAGUGACCUUGUUGCUUAUCUUAUAAUCAAUUGAUGAAUUUGUCAAACAAAAGUAAACGAUUUUAUUAGAGAUGAUUGUGAAUAAAUGGAA